CUCCUCAGCCUUGGUCACAAGCCCCGGCCUGGGACAGUGAAUCGACAAUGGCAUCCUCCAGCACGUGGGGCCUCCUCCUGCUGGCGGGCCUAUGCUGCCUGGUCCCCAUCUCCCUGGCUGAGGGUCUCCAGGGACACGCUGUCCAGGAGACAGACGUCCCCAGGCACGACCAUGAGCAACACCAGGAAGCCGCCUGCCACAGGAUCGCCCCCAACCUGGCCGACUUCGCCUUCAGCCUGUACCGCCAGGUGGCCCGUCAGUCCAAUACCAGCAACAUCUUCUUGUCCCCAGUGAGCAUCGCGACGGCCUUCGCCAUGCUCUCCCUGGGGACCAAGGGUGCUACUCACGCUGAGAUCCUGGAGGGCCUACAGUUCAACCUCACUGAGAAAGCAGAGGCAGAGAUCCACGAAGGCUUCCAGCAUCUUCUCCACACCCUCAACCAGCCAGACAACCAGCUGCAACUGACCACCGGCAACGGCCUGUUCGUUGACAAGAAGGCCAAGCUGGUGCCCAAGUUUUUGGAGGAUGUCAAGAACCUCUACCAUUCCGAAGCCUUCUCCAUCAACUUCAGGGACACCGAAGAGGCCAAGAAAUGCAUCAACGAUUACGUAGAAAAGGGCUCCCAGGGAAAAAUUGUGGAUUUGGUAGAUGAGCUUGACAAAGACACCGUAUUUGCUCUGGUGAACUACAUAUUCUUUAAAGGCAAAUGGGAGAAGCCCUUCGAGGUGGAGCAAACCACAGAGGAGGACUUCCAUGUGGACGAGGAGACCACAGUCAAGGUGCCCAUGAUGAACCGCCUGGGCAUGUUCGACCUCCACCACUGUGAGAAGCUCUCCAGCUGGGUGCUGCUGAUGGACUACGUGGGCAACGCCACCGCCUUCUUCAUCCUGCCCGACGGGAAACUGCACCAGCUGGAGGACAUGCUCACCAAGGAAAUCCUCGCCAAGUUCCUGGAAAAGAGAUACCCAAGUUCUGCCAAUCUACAUUUGCCCAAACUGACCAUUUCUGGAACCUAUGAUCUGAAAUCUCUCCUGGGCAACCUGGGCAUCACCAAGGUUUUCAGCGACGAGGCGGACCUCUCGGGUGUCACUGAGGAACAGCCUCUGAAGCUGUCCAAGGCGCUGCACAGGGCCGUGCUGACCAUUGACGAGAAAGGGACAGAGGCCACAGGGGCCACGAUUCUGGAAGCCAUCCCCAUGUCUAUACCCCCAAAUGUCAAGUUCAACAAGCCUUUCCUCUUCCUCAUCUACGAUACAAAAACCAAAGCUGUCCUCUUCAUGGGAAAAGUCAUGAAUCCCACCCAAAAAUAACGGCCUUCCUGGGACAGGUCCCCUCCCUCUGUGGCAUUAAAGAAUGACUGACCCAGCCCCGGCUGGUGUGUGACGCGUUCCCUCCUCCAUCC